AGUUCCAGUUCCAGCUUAUAUAGACCCCAACUGAAUGAAUUAAAUGCAAAAAAGGAUAAAAAAGCAUGAAACGUAUCGUUUAAUUUACACCUCUACUCUUUUCCUCUCCAGACUGAAGACAUGGAGAAUGUAACUGACUUCACCAGUGGGUCUACAGAUGGGCCUUUUGAGGAGCUCUGCAACCUCAACCCUCACCCAGCAGAAGUCCUGUCCCAAACCUACAUCCACUCCAUCAUCUGCAUCUUUGGCUUGAUCGGCAAUGUUCUCGUAAUGAUCACCUACGGCUUCUACAAGCGAACCAAGACAAUGACAGAUGUUUACCUGUUUAACGUGGCUGUGGCCGACUUGAUCUUUGUAGUGGCUUUGCCUCUCAUCAUCUACAACGAGCAGGAAAAGUGGCCCAUGGGGUUCGUUGCUUGCAAGGUCCUUCGUUCCGCUUACAGCGUCAACCUGUACAGCGGCAUGCUGCUGCUCGCGUGCAUCAGCGCCGACCGUUACGUUGCCAUAGUUCACGCUCGACGCACCUUCGGCUCUCGCUCUCACACUUUGACGUACGGCCGCGUGAUCUGCUCAGCUGUCUGGGCGUUUGCGGUGGYUUUAACUUUGCCAACACUCAUCUACACCGAGCGCACCGAAGAACAAAUCUACCCCGAGGUGUUUGAAGAACAGAACUACUCAGAUUUGUUAGAAGAGCAGAACUAUACAAAGUCUGAAUCAGUGGGUGAAACCUUCACUGUGACGUGUCAGCUCUCRUUUGAGGACAACAACACAGCGAAGCUGAUGAAGGUGAUGGUGCCCAGCCUGCAGAUGGCCGUUGGAUUCAUCUUUCCUUUCCUGGUGAUGCUGUUCUGCUACUCGUGCACUGCGCACACCUUGCUGAGAACCAGCAGCAGUCAGAGGCACAAGGCCGUCCGGGUGAUUUUGGCAGUUGUCGUGGUUUUCAUCGUUUGCCACCUCCCUUACAACGUGACUCUGCUGAUGCACAUCACGUCUCUYUUUAAGGAGAGAAGCUGCUCAGCAGAACAAACGAAACUCCGAGUUCUGGCUGCCUCCAGGACGGUGGCCUACCUCCACUGCUGCCUCAACCCCAUCCUGUACGCCUUCAUYGGCGUGAAGUUCAGGAGCCAUUUCAAACAAAUAUUAUCAGACUUUUGGUGCUUCAGCAAAAAGUACAUAAACUCUGCUCGCUCGUCACGUGGGACAUCUGACAUCUGCAUCUCAGGCUUUAGGACCUCAGAGGGCUCCAACAACGUGUCAACCUUCAGUGCAUAACAGUGUCCUUUACGAAASGCUUAACUCAUUUCCAGGACGUUAUUUUUUAUCUUACAGUACUAUGAUAUUCUUAAAAGGGGAGAGUAUUACUGUAUGUAUUUUCCAGGCACAUAGUUCAG